AUGCAGAGCUUGCCUCUGUCCUUCUCUCAAAGACUCUCCCAACGACGGGCCGCAGAUCUGGAACAAAAAAACGAAAGCGUACUGCCCCAACCAUUAUCAAGGUUGAGGACGAGGACAGUCCACAUCGAGUUUCCGAACGCUCUCCGAGUCCAGAUGAUGAAAACACUAUUUUGGAAGAGAUCUGACCUUUGGAUCAAGUAG